CUUUGACCCCUUUGGUUCUUCAUCAAAAACCUCACCAAUAAAUAAGGCUUCUCCUCGACAUCACGGAUCCACAUCCCCUUUGGCCGCCAUGGACCCCCAUGGCCCCAUCAGCCAGCACCCCUUCGACGACAUUGAUCCCAUCCGGCCCCUGAGGCGCCACCCCCUCGACACCAUCGCCUCAAAGGGACCAAACCUGUCGACAUCAUCUCUUACCCAGGAGACGACGCAUCCCCCUCCGCCGUCGAGUGACUCCUCAUCGAGCGCCAGCAGUACCUCGUACUCUCAGUCGCACCCGCAGCCUCAUACUUCUCAUCCUAUCGCGACAGUGAACACCCACAGCACUCCCACCAUCGCCAGCAGCACCAGCAGCGCCAGCAGCAGACAGCCCCAUCACAGCCAUAGCCAUAACCAACACCACGGCAGCCACCACCAAGUGUACUCUCCUUUCGCUCCACCGGUCGCCCCGCUUCAGAUAUCAGCAUCAAGUCUCGCCACCAGUGCCGCUGCCCGCUUCAGCCAGGCUUUCUCGCCUCUGCUAUCGGCUCGACGAAAAUCCACUGCCAUUGAGAUACCCUCAACACCGGACAAGCACAAAACCUUUUCUUACGGACUGUCCAGCUCCGUCCACACCAGUCCAGGAUCGUUCCAGGGCCUCACGGAAGGACGAGGCUUGACCAGCCACAGCCAGGAACACUUGAGCUUCACUGGGGCCCAUCAUCUGCAGCAUCCCAGCAGUAGUAGCAGCAACAACUCGUCACAUUUUGAAAGCAACCUCAGCAAGAUUACGUCCUUCAGCUCUCCUCGGUCCUCCAAUCGAUCCCGAAAGACGCACCCCGGAGGGAUCGCACACGUUCCCGAGGAGUCGAGCUACGGAUCGUUUGUUACUCCACCCCAUACCGCGACGGCGUUCCAUGCUGGACUUGCAUCGCAUUUUGGAAUGGGAUCCUCAAGUAGCCAAAGCCGCGAUUAUCAUGACACGGGGCACAAAGAAGGCAAAGGAAGCAUCGUCGGUAGUGGAUCAUCGUCAGUUGAGAAGGCGCUCAAAAAAGCCAAGGUAUUCCUGGACGAAAAGGCAAAGCCGAAAGCUCGUGCCAACUCGCUGUGGGCCUUCAUUGAUGUUACCUUCGAGUUCGACCAGGCGAAAUUUUUCCAGGAGCAUGCAGAUCAAGUCUUUACUGUCACGCACGACUCGUUCUGGCACCAAGUCGACAAGUUCAAGCUAAAGCCAGAUCGCAACAACGCCCUGCAGAGCAAGGAGGUCCUCGCGGUUCAAAAGACACUGCUUCUCCUUCGUCUCAUCUUCUUGUAUCUGCCUGACAGGAUGAAGAAUGGCUGGCACAGACGACCAAUUGCAAACAUGUUGGCGCAGGUUCUAUGUCACAAGAAUCACCCUCGCGUUCGCAUCUUUGGAUUUCGAUUGCUUCUUCUCUGGAUCAAUGAUCAGACGGUCGAAUACCCCGAGGCAAUAUAUCUAUUUUCCAACGCCAUCUCGCUCGACCUUUUCAUGUACGACGGAGAAGACCUGUCAGUCGACCAUGCAAACUCAUCCCAGACGAGACUGCCAGUGUUGAGCACAGGAAGUUCCGGGCGAAGAAGUGCAAGGCAGGUGUCUCAGUACUUUGAGUUGGCACACCUGAACCUCAACCAGGAGCUAUUGCAGUCCGAUGGUCCACCAAUCUGUCCCAGUCCAUCACCUCCGACCUUCCAGGAUAGCAUUCAGCUCUUUCAAAUUUUCCUUGGCAACAUCGUCCGUAUGUCGUAUGUAGCGGCAGGAUCAACACCCCCAGCAGGAGAGCUCGAGUCCAUUAAUUCGCAUUAUCCACUAGAAACCGACGGCGAGAUGGGCGACGGCAUCGCUGUAGGGUUUGGAAUCGACGCGGGACUGGCUGCAGCCAGGUUCAUGUUCGAUAUCAUCAAAAAGUACUAUCUCGUCAAGGUGUUUCCCGAAUGCGCACGAUCGUUGCAGCUUAUCAAGGACGAAGAAAAUGAAUUUGGGUAUAAAGCCUGCCCACCAACGAUUCUCAGGACCAUCAUUAGCUUCAUCAUCCAGUACUGUCUGGACAGUAAUGAAUUCAACUCUCCUCAAACCUACACCUCCCCGGCAACACCUAUCCUCAAGUCUAUUGUUUACUCAUCCGAAGUCAAUCGGGAAAUCAUGCACGAAAUUGUACGGCAAGGACUGAGUCUGCCACCAGGACACCUGCAAUACAAGGACAUCGUGCGAGGUGCUGUGCAUAUUGUCGGUGUCUGGUGUCUGAGUGGUGAGGAGGAACGUCCUGUAUUUCUACGUAGCUCUUCAAGUAGACCACAAGUUCCCUCUAGUGUAUCGAUUACCUCCCUUGGCAGCCAGGAUUCAGGAACUACACAGCAGAGCGCACCGCAAAACACGGCCAACGAGCCCUACUCUAUGGCCAAUUCAUUCCUUCAGCGAUACUUCCAGCUUCUGACUAACGUCUUUGCUGAAACCUCGGUCGCACUACACGAUCUUGGUUCUAAUUCAUCAUCCGACGCGCUGGGGUCAACCGGAAAUCAGAUGAAGCUGGACUCGGACGCCUUAUAUCAUCUUUACAAGGACAUCAUAGGCCUCUUUAGGGCUAUCAUGGCACGCGGUCAGAUCGAGAUGGACGCAAAGAGUUGGGAGGUUCUAUUAGGAUCGUUGCUCGAAAUCCAGCGCAGGGUCAUGGGCAUGCAUGAGAGACUCUCGACUAUUCUAUCUGCAUCCUCAAUCGACGACCUGACAUCGCUUAUCAUUGAGACCGUUCUGUGCGCUCAUUCGAGAUGCCCGAACGUAGCGGAGGAACAGUGGAUUGCUCUGCGGAAGAUGAUGAUCGACGGUCUUCGCUUUCCUCAGACAGUCACUCAAUGGGCUAAAUGGUCUAUACGGCUGACCCACAUCCUUUCGCAAGAGGUUUUCCAGGUGGAUCUGGAGGCUCAACCAUCUCGACCACCGCAGGCGUCCGCAACACGGCAUAUCCGCAAAAUGUCGGACAAGUUCCGGCAUUCUCGAUUUCUUUCUUCAAAGACUGAGAAUCCGAUGCGCCAUUCGAUCGGCGGAGAAUUGCUGUCAUCCCAAGGAGUUUCCUAUUCGCAUCAGACAUAUCCUCUCUCUGGUUUGAGCUUACAGGAGAGAUCUUCUCGUCGGGCCAAUAGCAUACACUAUGAUCCUGCGAAACAAGUCGGACCAAAUUCUAAUGCGAGUGGAACCCCUAUGUAUGCGCCUACACUUCUGGGGCAUAUGGGAUUCUUACCAGGCCGAGAGGCGGGGCGCGAGAGCCAGCUGAGUAUGAAGGUGGACGUUGGAGAAGUGGAUGAAGAGGAGGCGUACGAUCAUCCCGGGCUACAUGUAUCUGCUUUAACAGAAACACCGGACGCGACGGACGAAAAGCUGUCGCGUGCAUCCUCGCUGUCCUUUCGUGGCCCGGACAGCCUGCAUCUAGACCCGAUCGUGGAGCGACUCUCCUCGCUGUAUGGCAUUUUUGCUGCACCGGAAUUUGUAAAUAUCUCGAUGAAAGCACGUUCACCAGAUAAUGUGUUGUCAAUCUGGAAGAAUAUCGUUUGCUCUGUUGGCAAUCCAAACCAUAUUCAGAUCCCUCUCGUGAAGACCGAGGUGAUGCUUUGCCUUAUCGAUAUCUGGGAUUUACUUAACCAGACAAGGGCUUCGCAAUCCCUCAACACAAAGCUCAUUCCACCGCUGUAUGACUUUGCGCCUUGGUUUUUCGAGGCUGCGAAAAGUAGCAGCGAUGGGGGCGUUGGAUUGCCAGCGAUCUAUGGUGGACUCUGUCGAAUGAUGAACCGUCGUUUCGAUCAGGACUUUGAUCCCGAGUACUAUCAGCUGUUUUAUGAAACCAUCAUGCAGGGGUUGCAAAUUGACGAUGCCAUGAUCGGGCACUCAAUUCUUGCAAACAGCAGCCGACUUUUCACAUUGUCGCUUCCCGGCAGCCAUAUCUUGGUUGUACCUUUCAUGAGUGCAAUUAGACAAAUGCUGCUCAAGGACGGACACUUGAGAGACGGCGUCAACCAUUUUAUCAGGAAGCAGGCUAUUGCCAUUCUGUGCUCCGUCAGCAUGCUGUUUUAUGACUUUGGCCAGAAAGACUCGAUUCAUAUUGCAAACCUCAAAGAGCAAGGGUUUAGUCUAGUAGACUUGUUACCUCACAAGGUCGCAUUUUCGCGGUUGGUUCUAGAUCUCACCUCGGCGGAAGCUAACGUGAAGCCAUUAGGGAAAUUCUGGGACACUCACAGCAUGCUGAUUCAACUUUGUGGAAUGCUUGUUGUCAACGAAUGGCGCUCCAGUUUGGAGACGUGCGAUAUUGGAACGGAAAGCGAGCUUCUGCUUUUGGUGUUGAAUCACUUAUACUGGACAGAGACCAGCAUUGUGCAGAGUGCUGUUGAGGCGAUCACGACGCUUGCAGGCAUGUAUCAAGACCAUGAAGACAGUGGCUGGAUUAUCCUGGAAAUGGUGCUUUCACAUUUAUUGAGCGCCAUGCAGGAGCAUUUAACGCUGUUCCAGAGCGAUCCUCGCCGGGGACACACUAUUGCAUUACUAUAUCGCUGUUUGACGGAGUGGCUGAUAGUGAUCCCUGCCAGCAUCUUUUCAGAGAUCGAACUUUCGAAAUGGGUCUUCGAUGUGAUUGAAAUCGGCCUCUUAUCUGCACCGGAUCCGACUGGAGAGAACGAUCGCAAGCGUGCAUUACAGGCAACAAAGCAGCAACAGCAGCUGCUGCAACAACAGCAACAACAGCAAUUCAACCAGCAGCAACGGCUUGGCGCAGGCAAGAAGAGAGGUCCAAAUUUCAGGCACACAGGCCAAACGAUUCACCAACACCAUCGAGUCAUGAUUAGUACUGGUCCCUUAAUUGACGUCGAAGUAGAGCAGCAGACGGUGAAGGAGGCUGCAGAAACGACUUUAGUUCACCUAGUACACUUUAUGAACAACAUAUCGUCGCCUUAUGAGUCUAAUCAAGCUUUAGUCACAAUGGGUAUGGAUACAGCUGGAUUUAAGGCUGAAGAACAGUCUGCCGUUGGGAUCGACAAGAAGAGCCAUGGACUAGAAAAUCAAAAGGUCUUUGCAUUGAACGACUCUAUCCUCAUCACCCUUGAGGAUGUGUCCACGGCUGCAUCUAUGGGCUUUCAUCAUCGGACUCGAGUCGUCAUCCGUGACGAGACCGGUCGAUAUGCCUGGGAUUCAGAGAUCUUUUACAGGGAGAUGCUCCAAGUGGACGGCGUUGUUCGACCGCGAUCAGUCCAGAGGGCAGGGUCAAGAAUGAGUGAGCGGUUUGGAUCGGGCUCAAGAAGGCGCAAGAAGGAGAUGGCCAGCCAACUUCUCUGGAGAGAAGGAAUCAAAAUCCGAGACGAUGAGGAUCAUGGAAAGGCCAAGAUUGAUCCGUCCUCCGCCGUCACUGCUAAUUCUCCACAGUCCGACCGCUCACUCGGUAUGGAGGCGCUUCUCUGGGACAGGAAUGGAUCAAGAGGCGAUGGCGAUAGGCUGGAUCAAUUGUUGCAUUACGUCAGCGACAGGCAUCCCGACUGCCUCUUCGACGGCAAGACACCUCUCAACCAGCUCAAUAAUGGCCUCGCUUUGUUUACAGGAUCUAAUGGCAAUGGUGGACAUCAUGCCGGAGACCGCGCGUUGAACAACGGUGGCAGCAAUGGAGGUAACAGGAGAUCGACGAUCGAUUUUGAGUUGGACCGACAUGUCCAGGAGGAAAGCUACUAUACUCGAAUUUCUGAUCCUCAAGCCCGUGCCUGGUACGACAAGCUACUGGAGCUGCGAUCGAGUCUUAUUCAAUCGGACGAAGAAGCUGACGAGUAUCACGGCUCAAACACACUCAUGUCUCUGGUCGUCAACUCAACCUGGGGAGGACCCGCACCUGUGUCCACAUCCACCGAUGAUCCGCAGCAGCAGAGGCAAGAAGGAACCGGAGCCACAGAUUCGGCGACAACGCUGGAUUAUGAAGCAUCACUUCAUAGCACGCUUCAUGACCGAGCAAAGCGCUUCUCCGGAAGAGAAAUCCGGCCUAACAAUUUACAACAAGUUGAUGAGGGAGCGGCGAGAUACAGAGGCACUAUCGUCGGGCCUGGUCAAGUUCAACCGGGGAGUGUGUCUUUAAUGGAUGAUCCACAGGACCCAAACGUCAGAAAUCCAGAGAAGGAACUGCUAGGUACAGGCCUUCGUAAGGAGGAUGCCUCUAAUUUGGCCAAGGCGUUCCAACUAGCCCUGCCACCAGAGUCGGAGCGACCCUUGGACAAUUCCCAGCAGAGCCGUCUGUUGUUGAGUCACCUUGGAUUGCUGUGCUUUGACCGAUUUCAGGAACACAACUUCGUACUUUUGAACCCGACGGCAUCGUUGGAAAGGGACCUGAAGAGUCUUGACAAGAAGUCCGGACGCGAAACCUUCAAGGUUGCGCUUUUGUAUGUGGGAGAGGGUCAGGAAGGCGAGCAGGCGAUCAUGCACAAUUCCCAAGGAAGCGCUAUCUACAACCGCUUCGUGCAGGGUCUGGGCUGGGAAGUUGAACUGGUGGACCAUGCUGGAUACAUGGGAGGACUAGAACGCAACGGAUCCAAUGGUCAUUCGGCGAUGUAUUACUGCACCUCGACCUUGGAGGUCAUUUUCCAUGAGGUCGUGCGAAUGCCCACAGAUCCGGAUGACCCGCGUCAGGUCAAGAAGAAACGCCAUAUUGGAAAUGACCACGUUCAUAUUGUCUGGUCUGAGCACUCUCAAGCGUACGAUCGCAAUACCAUCGGAGGCGAUUUUGGAAAUGUGAUUAUCGUCCUUACGCCUGUUCCUGAUCGUCGGUUGGGGAGCAAUGGGGAUGUGCGGGUUCAUCACAGCUCUUGGACUUGUGCCGGGGCUAGAGGCGUUAGACAUGUUCAUUCGGAACUGGUAGCAGUCGAGGUCAUUCGUGAUACGAACCUGCCAGUGUUUGGACCUUUGAUUGAUGGAAUGGUUAUUCCGAUGUCGCAGCUGAGCAGAUUGGUCAGGCAAACUGCCAUACAUGGAGCCAGACUUGCAACAGCCCCACCUCCAUUGCCUCCAACGCCGCCCUCGCUAGGAUUUUCGGGAGCGAUUGCUAGUGGAGCCACUGGCAUUGGGUCUGGCAUAGGCAUUAGCACUCCUAAUAUUGGCGGCAUAGCUGGCGCUACCAGCACUACGACGGCGACUGCUGUCGGCGGCAGCGGUGGCAGCGGACACAGCCAUCGAAUGAGUGGACUUCAUUAUGUUCAACAAUCUACCUCAGGAUCGACUAUCAACUCGGCGAUGCAUGGGUAUCAGUAUCAUCAGUCCAAUCCAACCAUUAAUGUAGGAUCUUCAGCGGCUGGAGGUGGAGCAGGAACAUGGCAAAAUCAGAGCAGUUCCUCUACUGCCGCUGCAGUGGUUGCUGCGGCAUCUUCAUCUGCAACAGGGACGCCGGCGACUCCUACGACGGUAAUAGGAGGGACAGUCACGAGUAUGCUCUUGGGUGCGAGCAUUAACAGUCUGGUGAACGUAGGUAGCGGACCAAAUGCGGCAUCUGUCUCGUCUUUGCUCAGUAAUACGGGUAGUGCAAAUGGAGCGACUGGUACUGUGAGUGCCGCAGGUGGUAAUAGUGCCACAGGAGGAGGAGGAGCAGCAGGAAGCGGGGUAGGGGGAGCCUCUGUUGAUGGCGCUGUUACUUCUACAGCAGCAUCAGGAGGAGCAGGAGCGCCAGGAGGAUCUCUAUCGACAUCAUCAAGCUUGGCAGCGAGUGUGAAUGUACAGCAGCAGAUAUACACGAAUCAGCAACAACAGGGUCAGUAUCAACAUCAACUGCAGCAGCAUCAGCAGCAUGGCCACUCGACAGGACACACUCUGCUCGGCCCACCGCCAUCAUCAUCAAGUGCGACCGUGUCGUCAGCGUUUUCCGCAUCGAUGCUAGCCAUGUCUCAGAAUGUGCACCCGUUCAAGCAGCGAGCCACGACGAUCGAGCAAAUUGCCAGACGCCACAAGUCUGAGAAGUGGACAUUCCAGCAGUUUAUGGAACAUGUCUUUGGAUACUCCAAUGCACACGCACAUCCUCAUCACACUCGCAGCCGCUGA